AUGAGCUUUGAGGAGGUCUGUAGCUUGGAUGAUGUUGACAGGAACUUUCGUCUUCAAAAUGGCUUGAGUGCUACCUCCUCUGCAUUUACCAAGCUGAGACUCACUCACGUGGAUGGUGAAUCAGGUGGCCGUGGUAUAGCACCGAUGUCUGUAGAGGAGGUGAGUGCUCACCCUGGUCCUCGAGCUGUCACUCAUCUACUUCCUCAGGAGCACCUUCAAGCAGGCUAUGUUUGUGAGAGGAAGGAUUUGCUGGCGAAUGGCUGCUGCAAAGUCAACAUCCCUGGUGCAAAGCAAUACUGCUGCCAUGGCUGCUGGCCCAAUGGCUGCUGCAGCACCUUCGAGUAUUGGACCUCCUGCUCCCUGGGCCCAACAAGCACUCUCUUGGAGUGCUUCCCCAGCCGGGCAGCUGUGGCAUUCCAGAACCUCUUCAUGGCAGUUGAAGAACACUUUGAGUUGUUCCUGGCCAAAUGCAGGACCUCAUCCCAGAGCAUGCAACAUGAGAACACUUACCAGGACCCCGUAGCAAAGUCUUGCUAUGGAGCAAGCCCACCUGAGCUCUUCCCUGUGUGA